CCCCAAAGCUCGGAGCCACCUUUUUCUCCUCGUGCCCGUCCCAUUUCGCUGCCUUCGCUCGCACCGCCGCACCACCGCCUCCCCUGGAUGGCCCCCGCUGCCUUCCGCGAGCCGUCGCGGCCCUCCGGCAGAGGGCCGCCGGACCCGUCUCGUCCCGCGCCACCGGGCCCCGGAUGGAGCGGACUCUCUCCACGGGGAAGCGCCUGCGCCGCGGGCCCAAGGAGGUCUGCAGGUACAAUCCCAAGAAGACUGACGCUGUCAUCGAGGAAUUGAAGAAAAAUACCCAGGCAGCUAAUGACGAGAGGGAGGAGCUCGUAAAGGCAAUCAAAAAUCUUGAGGCAAAGCAAACCAACCCUUGGUUUAACUCUACAAUAAAAGGACGUCUACUGGACUGGCCAGGCCUGAUCGCGCUGACGCUGGCGGCUGGAGAGAUGGUGAGGAAAAUUUGGGGUUGAGCUUCCACGUAAGGCUAUAGGUAAAUGAAGAACGAAGACUAUUUUGCUUCUCAGUAGGAUGUACGUAACUGAAGAUGGAAGACUUUUGCUGCAACGAGUAGUGAAUGAUGUGGCUAUACAGAAACACGAACUGGACAGACAGACAGACAUACAUCACUAGUAUCUGGUGUCGAAAACGGGAAAUGCAGUUAACUGUGUUCAUGGUUGAACGUUUUGGCCUGUGACGUGUAGGAUGAUGAUGUGCGAGUCCAGAUGGAGGCAUCAUGGAUUGCGUGCACAUAUCACAACAACCUGCCUUCGAUCAUCGUCCCCUCAAGAAACAUACUCUCCAGAUGAGACAGUCCUACCACCCGGAAGGCUUGUAUGAUGAUGCUAAGAGCAGCCUGGCCUCCGACAAUGACGGAAAGAAGUAGAUGCUCUGGCAUCAGAGUAGGAGAUGCCAGUAGGGCACUGUCCUAACCAGGAGGACUGUCCAUGCGGCAGUACAGUAGAAAAAAACGGCCUGCCCUGAACCCGAUGUCCAUUGGCCAUAGCAUGCUCGAUGAGGGCAGGGGCAGCCACCAAGUAAUCCCGCUUUAUCCUGUUUGAGGUUGAAGACCGCGAAAAUGGUGUUUGCCAUGUGGUACUGUUAUUGUGAAAUUCAGCAUGCGAUGCAGUACGUCUGAGCAGGGGAAAGUACUAUGGUGCGAAGGCCACCAUUGUUUGGGAGCCUAAAAUCGAGCAGCCUAUCAAGUGCAAUCUAUCCCAGCUAUGGAGGUCAUGUGGUGCGGAUCUCAACAACAUCAAGGCCGAAUGGCAGGUACUGUGAAGAAGAACCUAAACUAAUUAGCUUCAUUUAGUUCAUUGGUUCAUCCUUGGUCCUGAGUUAUUCUGCGGAUACCAGUGGAGGUAUGUUCAUUCUUGUUAUUUUUACCUUCUUCGUCUAAUAGGUCAGACAUUUUAUUUCUGACAAGUCUUUUGUUUCUGCUCAUCAUAUGUGUGUCUUCAAUAUCAUGUUCCAUGCCCAUUGUUGGCCUUGUUCUGUGAGAAGAGAAUCUUCUCACCGAUUUGGACCGGCCCUCGAAGCUCAGCGUUGGUUACUUUGGGGCUGAUCAGCUGAGAAGACGGCAGUCAUUACAAGGAUGUGUGGUGCAGAUGAUACACAUUGUGGCUACUUCAGGCUACAAUGGAAGUGUGCAGUGGCGAAUCUUGGAAGAAAAUGAAAGGGUGGCUCAAAGCUAACAGUGAGUAGAAAAAGUAAAAAACUCUCAAUCCUUUAGUCCAAAUACGGUCAAAAUAUUGAUACGAAUACUAGUAAUUUUCCUUUUCCAGUUUUUGGAGGCGGGGCUCGAGCCUGUCAAAGCCCCCCUGUCAAGCGUGGAUUGUAGCUUUGCAGUGCUAAUUUACUCAAGGAAGCUUUGGUAUGCUGUUUGGCCGAACGGUCGUAUUUGUUAGCAUCACUGUAAAUUCAACGUGGAGCGCAAAAAGCACCUGGCGGGCCAGCUUGCAUAUCUGAACAUGGCAACAAAGAGGGCCAUCGUGCCUCACCGCCGCUUGCCCCUGUCAUUGACUUGCGGGCCCGGGAAAUAAGAAAAGUGACCAUCAGAAAAGUUCUCACGACAGUUGCCGAAGGAACUAUGCACGAUGGAGGAUUUAAUGGUGAUGUCCAGGUUUGCAGUUUGAAAAUUAUCAGUGUAUAGCAUCGUUCAUGUAACACAAGGUCAGUGCUCACCUCUUUCUUAAAUAAGGAUCUGAAUUUUACUACCAUGUGACACAUAUGGUAAGCAAUCCAAACUAUUCAAAAAGGAUCUGAAUUUUACUGAUUCAUUAGAAAUGCAAAAAUGGAUUGAAAAAUACCCCCGCCCCCUCUCGAGAGGCCAUUCAAUUCUGAACGAACCAGCAGCGCCGCUGUUUGACAUUUCCCAUGACCAUGAGCUAGGUGGAUUAAUGGCGGCCAUAUGCACACCCAAUGGACUCCCAGCACCCUUCGGUUCUCGCGCUCCAAUCUCCAACGACGCUUGCGUCGUGGUGCAUGCCGCCCUUCACACUUAAACCUCUAUUUAACGCCUUCAUCUUCCCAUCUUCUUUCUCUCACUAUAGAAGGACGGAGCAUUAAUCCAACUUCUCCAACCCCGUAACCUCCCAUCCAUUCGGCCAUGGCGGACUGGCCGUCGCUCCCGCCUGAGCUCAUCAGGCGCAUCGCCGACUGCAUCCUGGACACCAACGACCUGGACUGCUACGUGGACUUCCGCGCCGUCUGCCCCACCUGGCGCUCCGCCACCGACGACCCCAAGAAUUCCUCCGAGCUCCGCUUCCGUCCGCACCGGUGGAUCAUCAUCGACGAGGUCUUCGAGAGCCACUCGCGGCUUCUGGUUAACACCGUCAGCGGUCUCGUCGUCCGCAAGGACCUGCCUCUGCUCGGCAGCUACUUUGUGGUUGCUACUACCCACGGCGGCUUCUUCGUCCUCGGCAAGAAGGAGCCCCCUCAUGCAGCGGUCGUCCUCAACCCUUUCACCGGCCACAUGAUCCGCUUCAAGGCGUCGCCCAACUACGUGGGUGUUUGUGCUGCCGCUCUCUCCGGUCUUUUCAUGGGAAAGCUACCUACGAGUUCUGAUCUUUCUGAACUCCGUUCUUCACCCACCCUCAUCUUGCUGUCUGACAGAUGUUACCGGGAGUACUUCAUGGCUGUUCCUGACAGUGUUCGUUUCAGUAUAGACGCCGAGGAUGUGAAAUUAUACGCUUUGUUGCGGCUGGCCGCCGGCGGUGGUAUCUGCGCCACCGAUAGUUGGCAGAGGACGGCGGCUCUGCUUCCAGUUGGUUUGGCUGACAAGAUCUUCAGUUUGAUGAAGCUGUUCCACAUUGAUUAUUACGAAAUUGUUGCCGACGAAUUUUUACCUCGGCUUGCCGAUCUUACCGGGAGGGGAGAACCGAACCAAAUUUUCCUGGUGGAAUCUUUUGGAGCAUUGUUGGCUAUCAUCAAGCUGCAGCAAUGCCUCAAAGUUUUCAGACUACACAUAAUGGAAAUAACAUAAGUAGUAACAUCACACAUAUCUAAAUUAAAUAGAUAAUAUGGCAUUGCAAUAAAUGAAGAAAGAGGUGAAAUUGGUAACAUAGCUAGUUACUACUAGUAUGAGUAACAUCAAAUAUAUCAAGGUAAGAUGGGUCUAUAACCUAAUAAAUGAAGUGUUAUAUGUUAUCACACAUAUGUUACUCCCCACUAUAGAGGUAGUAACAUGGACUAGUAACAUGCCUAUGUUACUAGUCCAUGUUACUAUCCAUUGUGGCUAGUCUCAGGCUGGACAGCGUCACCGACAGCAAUGAGCUCGAGCCUGUGAAGAGCAUUGGCGACCGUGCCAUCUUCAUCGGUCACCGUAUGUGCGUGUCUGUCAAUACGCACAAGUUCCCGUCAAUCGUCCCCAACUGCAUCUACUAUGCGUGCUCCUCAGAUUCUUCACUUGACAUCUACCAGUAUGAUCUCCCGACUGAUAAUGCAGAGAGGGUUUCUGAAGGCAUAGGUUCUCUGAUCAACAGUGGGAUGUCUUUCGCCAACCCUCCGUUUACGAUCAUUCAGCUCCUCUCCAGCUACACCAUCAACGCCCGGGCGUCUCAGCUAGCGAUGGAAAAGAUUAAACCUCAGCCCCAAGCUGCUGCUACUCCGUAUCUGGACUAUUGGUCUGAUUCUGACCUGGACAUUUUUUGGUGAUGUACUGAUUUAUGUGACUGAACUAUCGAACCGUCAGAUGUCACUUCUAUGUGUGUUUUCAUUCGAUGAGCUAUCAGUUGAUGUUUAUUACAUGUUGUCUACUUUUAAUUGCUCGUAGGAUGUGGAACAAGUAUUGUGGGUGUUAAUUUCAUCUUGUUAUGAACCUAUGGCUUCAUCUUCUUUUGUAACGCUAUUUAGCCCUUAAU